CAGAAUGCAUCGAUCCGAACGCGCGAAAUCCGUUACAAUCGCAUCCAGUGCGGUACUCUCUGAAAAAUCCGAGAGGAAAUUACCACGUGCUGAAAAACUCAAACAAUUCUCCUACUUAUUCACACCGAAAAUAUCCACAGCCCAACCACAAACACACGUUUCAUUCUACAACAGCUCAGAUGUGAAGAUACAAGACUCUAGCUCUUCCACAAACGCAUUCCUCGACGAUUCAAAAUCGUUUUCAUCAACUACGACCACUUCGCAAGAUGAAAUGACCGAGAAUCUGACCAGGUUUAAUGUAAGACCUUUACUAUACGAAGAUAUCGAAGAAGUUAAAAAAUUGAUGGACGCACGAGUCUUAGAAGUGUUUCACAUCGAGGACCCGUUUGAGACUAUACACAAUUGUUUUAUUUCCUAUAAACUGGUUAAUAUUUUGAAGAAAAUCGUCGCAGUAAUAUGUAUGGAUGAAUAUCCUAAUGUCCCAGCGUUACCACAAGUGGGCUGGUCACACUGGGCGGAUAAAUUAUAUAACAUCAAGGACCUAACCAGUUAUAACAGUUUAUGGGUACAUCUUGUUGCCUACGAUAAAAAAUACGAGUUUGGUUUUUUGUUUCCGAUCUUGAAUAAUCUCUUUCAUGAGUUGAUGAUUAAACAGUUUACGCUUUUUGUUAUCCCGAAGGGGUGUCAUGAUAAGGUGACUUAUCUAGAUGGGUGUUCCAGUGUAGUAUUACCAAAAGAUUUUACUGAUCCGAUGCAAGUUCAAACAAUCAGAUUAUGUGUAAGACAAGAUUUUAUCACUCAGUAUAAAAUCCGACGUGCGGUUGAAGAAGACAACGAUGACCUAGUCCCUUUGAUCCAUCAAUUCUCACCACGUUUCGUUGAAUUAUACGGAGAAUAUUACGUCGCUGAGAUAAUCUCGCGACAUCACGAAGGUCACAGGAGUAUCAUCGUUGCCGAGCAUGAAGGCGAAGCAGUUUCAGUCCUCUGCUUAAACUCAACUGUAAAUUACGACCAGUUGAAUGAAUGCUUCGACCUGCACGUUUUCACUGGUUUAUACAAAGCGGAAACAGCGCGACAGGAAGCCAGAAAACCUGUGCCUAAACCAUCUCCUGUUCAGUCCAUAAAAGAGGAACUCCCACCACCACAAUCAUCAAUCUUCCCGCCUGGACUUUCAAUUCUAGAAAGACCCAUUGAGAGAUACAACUCCAGAAAACUAGACGAAGUUAGGUUGAAGUCUAAGUCUACGUUCAUCGACGAAGAGUUGCUAUUUGGUUGGAUGAAAACAAGUGAAGCAGCUUUGCCUGCAAAAGGUUUAACUUUUUCGAUUUUAGACAAUAUAGAAGAUUUAUCGCCUGAUAGUUCAACGUCUUCGAUACAUUUAACGUUGAACAAAUCGCAUGCUUCCGAUUUUAUGGUUUACGAGGAGGCUUCUUCGGAAGAUACAAUAUCAAUACCCUCAGAAUUGCCAUUCAUGGGUACAGAAAACGCAUUCGCAAUAGAAAUCCUAGCCGCCCAUGCAAAACAUCAAACAUCCCUCCCAUUCCUCAUAAUCUCCUGCUUUGAAUGCUUCCCAACCCGUGAUUAUUGCCUGUUAAUGAUGCCGCACACCUCAGACUACUCGGCAAUACUCAACUACUUCGUCCGGGUACAACCCAAGUUGUCCUCCCAACACCCACAUGAAUUAUACAUUUGCCACCGUGGACAAUUAACCCCCAUCCGCAUAAAACACGCUGAAAUCCAAGACGCCGAAAAAGUCGCCAACUUCAUCAACUUAAUCCAACCUCCAAACACACCAGGCGAAAUCAUAACCAACUUCGAAAAAGGUUGCUCCGGUGAAGAACCCAUCGCCACAUUCCUAGCCCUGAGUGGUAAACACCACAGAUACCCAGUGGGCAUAGCCCAAGUCACAAAAGUAACCGACCUAACCUCAAUGAAGAUGAAAUACGCCAUCAACCAAAGAUCAGAUAUACGCAGAGAUAGUGAUUUUACAUUCGGAUACCUGUUAUCGUUUGUGAUCUCACCUCUAUUCAAAGGUCACCUUAAAUAUUUCCUGCGUGAAAUCCAUCGUAAAACCGAAUUCAAAACGCUGUUCUACGCGUUGAAUUAUCACGACUCGAUGAGUUACAGAGUAAGACCACUGUCUUUCGCUAUGAAGGACAUGUGGUUGGUCCCUCCGAGGAAGAUAAAGGUAUCAGUAAAGAAACAGCAGUAUGAUUAUCCGGAAGAACCUUAUGCUUUGUUCAUAUCCACUCCGAAUCUGAUGAGUAAACAAGAGGUACAGAUCAAUCAAAGGAUUGUUGUGGUCGGAGCAUCGGAUACAGCGCUAUCAUUUUUAGAAAAACUCCUCACAAAUGAAGUUACACAGUGUUUAGUCACGUUUACUAACGUUUUACUAGUGUCAACUGAUGGAUUGAUAAGAGACGAGAAGAGAAAUAAGGUUAGGAAUAUGUUAAACGCUACACAUACGCUCAGAGAUUAUGUGUACAUGGAAAAAACUGGUUUGAGGAGUAAAAUUAGCGUUUUAAAAGGUUCUUUGACUGGAAUUGAUAGGAAAGUUAAAAACAUUAGAGUGGGUAAAAGUGUCAUUGUGCCCUAUGAUUACCUCUUCCUAAUGACUGGUCUUCAAUAUGGUCCACCAAAGAAAGCCGGAGCUAAAGAAUUCGAAAAAACAAAACUUCCAACGAAUUGUUUUACAAUAAACAAUGAAGCUGAUGGUGAUCGUGCAUUAAAUACUCUUAGACGCCUAUUAGAUCGUCAUGGUAAUAAACCAUACCAAAUCGUAAUUUAUGGACAUUCAAUUGACUGUUAUUGUUGCAUAGCAGCUCUGAUAGAAUUCGGAAUACCUUGUUCUCAUAUAACCUUCAUCGAACCAGUGUCCAGUGUGGGUGAAGGUGCGGUAAACCAUGAAUUUGUUUUUCAAGAUGGCGGAAUCUUUGAAACCGCUGAUAAUUUAGUGAAAAAAUACGGAGUCGAGACGAAACUGGGUUUUAAACUGGUUGACUGGUAUUCUAAGCCGUUGACGCUUAAGUUUGAGAGUUUUACGAGGUACCUUGUCUUAACCCCACUCUGCGCGUUUUUGUACAGUGAUAAAGCAGUAAAUGUGGAAAUCUUUAAAGCCAUCCAUGAAGCAGGUCUGGUCUUUGAUGGUAGGUUAGUGAUAGACCCUGAUUGUCACACGAAUGAUGAGUUUAUUUUCGGGGCUGGACCUGUGACGAAAUACUCGCGAAAGUUAUGGGCUGAUCAUUUAUCACAUCAACAUUUUAACUCACAGGAAAUUGGUGCUAGACUUGGUAGAGCUAUCCGAACUCUUUUACUACCAUUUAAAGAACGUAAGAAGGUAAAAUAUGAAUUUGGCAAGUCCUGUUGGAGGCAGUCCAAGCACAUGGUACCAUAUUAUUUUAAACCAUUGUUGACAUAUUGCAAACUACCAGGAGGGCUUAGAUAUCUCAAUGUGGUCAAACCAGGUCCUCAGACACCUUUGGAGACAGCCAUGAGUGAUUCUGACUAUGGCUUUGUUUAUACUACAGGAAACUGUAAAAAUCUUAAAUCCCAAGGUUAUUUUCGUAUACACCUUAAUAAUCACAGAAUGGUGGAGACUAUAACCUGUCUUUCUGCUCAGAAAUUUGACUAUAGAAAAUUAGUCCUACUUUGGGGCAAACACGAAGCUUUAUUAAACAAUUUAGUCCGCCGUUUUGAAUCAAUCUACAUAACAGACCUCUUUGAAUACUUCCAAAAAGCUUGGUGUUCAGCAAUUUUCCUCGAUGAUUUCCCGCUGUUGGAAAGCGCAAUUAUGAAGAUCAUGACAUCGGUCACAGAGGUACCUGGUGAAUCUCCUCUGGAAGAUUUAUACAGAAUGUACAUGGAAAAUGGUUUCAAACCGUUGCCUACACACCAACGACAGAUGAUUCUCGAGAAGUUUACGGAUUCUGGUUUUGAGGAGCAGAUUCAACUGUUGAUUAUGGAGUUUAUUAGGGAUCAUUUGAGCGUUUUGGAUAUGUACGCGCAUCCUGUCAUUGUCAACUAUAUUUUAUCGGGAUACGAACAAAGUCCUAUGUUUAAAAAGAUAUAAAUACAUUGAAUCAAGCGUC